AAAAUUUAACGAGAGAUCCGUAGCGAAAAAUAUCAUUUUCUGCUCGCUGGUGUUCGCAUUAACCCCCUGAUCUCAAAUAUUUCAAUAUGUCUCUCGACGAGCAAUUCAAGAAAGUCGCUGACUCCGUCAGAAACUGGAAGACCAGGCCAAGUGACAGCGAGAACCUGUCUCUCUACUCCCUGUACAAGCAGGCUACCAUUGGCGAUGUCAAUAUCGCUGAGCCCAGUGACAUGAUCGGCAAGGCCAAACACAAGGCAUGGACGGGCCGCAAGGGUAUGUCCCAGGACGAAGCCAAGAAGCAGUAUAUCGAACAAGCUGAAAAAUUACAUUCCAAAUACGCUUAAACUUAAUUUUUUAUAAGUUAGUUAAGUUAUGUAAUAAAAUAUUUAAAAUUCA